UGACAGUGUUUCCAGAUGCGCUUAAUAGGUGAACCAACGUGGAGCUGCAUUUUGACUUCAAACUAAAUUGUUUAAAUUGUGCGGCUCUAUUAAACGCCAAGGACUACCAGUGGGACAUUAUUGUGAAAUAGUACGAACGGUCCUUCCAACACGAAACGUACAAACUCUAACAAAUUAAGCACUCAGCACGAGGAAAAGUGGCACAACUGCUCUUCGAAAUCACUGCGCAUCGUUAUUUCCAUCACGUGGCCUUUCACAGAAUCCGGCGAUAUGAGUGCGAAUGUGCGAUUGUAAAAACGAGUCGAACAAUAAAACGCUCAAAACGGCAACAUUUUUUCGGAAUUCAAAAGCAGACGCGAUGCAGUAAACCAGACAAACUCUUAGUGAAUAGGCAAUUAGCAUCGUUUGUCAGCGUCAUAAAAAGCAGACUCCACGCACCAUCCACUGGCGCUUGAUUCGACCCGUUACCGGAAACACACAGAGCCAUGUCGUGGGUAUUUCACCUGCUGUGGAUGUUUCUAGUGGUGAUGUUAUUCUUUGUCGUGCUGCGAAGGAUAUACUACUUUGGCCUGCAUGUCAACCGACCAAUACGAUCAACGGCAACAACUGGCUCAACCCCAGAGACGCCACAACGUUUGACAGUUUUCACCAUUUAUCAAGGAAGCCGUCGAACGCCGGCUGCGCCGACGCCCGAAAGCAAUCAACCGCCAGAAUACAUCGAACCACCGCCACCACCGAAGUACGACGAUGUGAUAAAAUCACCGGAACAGUUCCAGAAGCCUCCACCGUAUACGGCAACCACCCAGAAUUAGGAUUUUUAUUUGCCAAAACUUAAGACCAUUAGGAAUAAAACGUAAGCCAACGACGAUCGUUACCUCUUUUCGAUUCUGGUCCGAGCUCGCACGUGACGUACCUCCGAUCCACUUACGACAGGUUGAUGGAAAUGAUACGAAUUUCGUCGUAAGGUUUAUCGGUUUUCGGAUUCGUUUUUGCGUUACAAAUGUUCUGUACCACUUCCAUGCCUUUGUGCACGCGGCCAAACACGGUAUGUUUGUUAUCCAGCCAGGGCUGCAAAAUGAGACACAAGACACAUUUUAAUAGUGAGAUACAUUGAGCGGAACCAUCCGGCGGGUUACCUACCGUUGGUAGAACAGUGACGAAGAACUGACUGCCAUUCGUGUUUGGACCCGCAUUUGCCAUGCUCACGGUGUACGGUCGGUCGUGUUUAAGCGUCGAGCAAAACUCAUCCUUAAACUCACCACCCCAGAUCGACUGGCCACCGGUACCGGUACCGGUCGGAUCACCGGUUUGUAUCAUAAAUCCCUUGAUGACACGAUGAAACAGAUGCCCGUUGUAAUAGCCGUUCUUGCUGUGCACACAAAAGUUCUCCACCGUUUUCGGACACUCCUUGCCAAAGAGCCGCAGAUGUACGUCACCCAUCGUCGUAUGUAGCACGGCAUUCUCGUAGAUCUUUUGAACGCCUGGACGAAUGGAAGAAAGGAUUCGAAUGUGAAUACUUUUU